CCCACGUGACGGCGCCGGCAAAGGCGCCAUGAGCCCGGCGGCCGCUGCCUGCGCUGCCCUGGUCUGGGCGCUGCUGCCCGCGCUGCUGGGCCUGAGGGCGGCCGGGGCGUGGGUGCCCGAGCGGCCGCACCCCGACCCCUGCUUCCGCGAGGCCUACUUCGCGCAGCAGCUCGACCACUUCGACUUCGAGCUCUUCGGCAACCGGACGUUCAAGCAGCGAUUCCUGCUGUCGGACAAGUUCUGGGACCGGGCCGAGGGGCCCAUCUUCUUCUACACGGGCAACGAGGGCGACGUGUGGUCCUUCGCCAACAACUCGGGCUUCGUGGUGGAGCUGGCGGCGCAGGAGCGGGCCCUGCUGGUCUUCGCGGAGCACCGCUACUACGGGGAGUCGCUGCCUUUCGGGCCACAGUCCACGGAGCGUGGCCACACGGAGCUGCUGACGGUGGAGCAGGCGCUGGCCGACUACGCCGAGCUGCUGCAGGCACUGCGCCGGGACCUCGACAGCCCCCACGUCCCUGUCAUCACCUUCGGCGGGAGCUAUGGGGGGAUGCUCAGCGCCUACAUGCGGAUGAAGUACCCCCAGCUCGUGGCGGGGGCUUUGGCAUCCAGUGCACCCGUCCUGUCCGCAGCGGGGCUCGGAGACCCCUACCAGUUCUUCCACGAUGUCACGGCCGACUUCGAGGCCCAUAGCCCCAAGUGUGCCCAGGCGGUGCAGGACUCUUUCUGGCAAAUCAAGCGCAUGUUCAUGGCUGGAGCCUUGGACAAGGUCGGCCAGACUUUCGGCACCUGCCAGCGGCUGUCCAGCCAGCGGGACCUGAUCCAGCUCUUCAGCUUUGCCCGCAAUGCCUUCACCGUGAUGGCCAUGAUGGAUUACCCAUACCCCACUGACUUCCUGGGGCCCCUGCCCGCCAACCCUGUGAAGGUGGCCUGUGAACGGGUGCUGAAAACACUGUGCAUCGAGGGACUCCGCUCGCUGGUGGGGUUGGUGUACAACAGUUCGGGUACCCAGUGCUGCUAUGACAUCUACAAGCUGUACAAGGCGUGUGCUGACCCCACUGGCUGUGGCAACGGCUCCAACGCCAGGGCCUGGGACUACCAGGCCUGCACUGAGAUCAACCUGAUGUUCUCCAGCAACAACGUCACCGAUUUCUUCCCGGCCCUCACCUUCACCGAGGGUCUCCGGCAGCAGUAUUGCCUGCACACGUGGGGCGUGUGGCCCCGGCCCGACUGGCUCCGCACCAACUUUGGGGGGGACGACCUCAGAGCUGCCAGUAACAUCAUCUUCUCCAAUGGCAACCUGGAUCCCUGGGCCAGGGGCGGGAUCCUGAGGAAUCUAAGCUCCUCGGUUGUGGCCAUCAACAUCCAGGGUGCAGCCCAUCAUAUGGACCUCAGAGGAUCACACCCGCAAGACCCACCAUCUGUCCGGGAGGCACGAGAGCUGGAGGCUGCCGUCAUCCACCAGUGGGUGCAGGAGGCUAAGAGCAGUAGGCGCUGAGCCAUGCCCCAGCGGACGGGACAGACAGCCAGGCAGUGAGCAGUGACACGCACGCAGCCCGGAGAGUCUUUAAUAAACAGGGUGAACU